AGGAGGCGGCCUCUCAGGCCUCGGGAGGAGGAGAAGGGGGAGGAGGAGGAGGAGGCUGAGGCAUAGGAGGAAAGACACGGACCCGGAGCAACGGCGGGACGGGUAGCACCAUGAAUCCGUUGUGACGCCCGACUGGAGCGGUGUCGGGGAAGAAGGAGAGGAGUGAGCCGCGAAGUUUUUCGCCAUGAACCUGAGGGGCCUCUUUCAGGACUUUAACCCAAGCUCUCUUCUGGCAUCAAGGAAGUCUGACCGGGGCAGAGUAUGGCAGAGGGACACAGGUUGUACAUAUAAAUUCCUCAUCUAUGCUUGCCUGCUGCUGUUUUCCGUGCUGUUGGCCCUUCGGCUGGAUGGUAUUAUUCAGUGGAGUUAUUGGGCUGUCUUUGCUCCAAUAUGGCUGUGGAAAUUAAUGGUCAUCGUUGGCGCCUCAGUUGGAACCGGAGUCUGGGCACGUAAUCCCCAGUAUCGAGCAGAAGGAGAAACCUGUGUGGAGUUUAAAGCCAUGUUAAUUGCCGUGGGCAUCCACCUGCUCCUGUUGAUGUUUGAGGUUCUGGUCUGUGACAGAAUUGAGAGGGGAAGCCAUUUCUGGCUUCUGGUCUUCAUGCCGCUGUUCUUUGUCUCCCCAGUAUCUGUUGCAGCCUGUGUGUGGGGAUUCCGACAUGACAGGUCACUUGAGUUAGAGAUCCUGUGCUCCGUCAACAUUCUUCAGUUUAUAUUCAUCGCCUUAAGACUGGACAAGAUCAUCCAUUGGCCCUGGCUAGUUGUUUGUGUGCCUUUGUGGAUAUUGAUGUCCUUUUUGUGCCUGGUCGUGCUGUAUUACAUAGUUUGGUCUGUCUUAUUCUUGCGCUCUAUGGAUGUGAUUGCAGAACAAAGAAGAACACACAUAACCAUGGCUAUCAGCUGGAUGACGAUUGUUGUGCCGCUGCUUACGUUUGAGAUUCUGCUAGUUCAUAAACUGGAUGGCCAUAAUACAUUCUCAUGUGUGCCUAUAUUUGUCCCACUUUGGCUUUCAUUAAUAACUCUAAUGGCAACAACUUUUGGACAGAAAGGAGGCAAUCACUGGUGGUUUGGAAUUCGUAAAGAUUUCUGUCAAUUUCUGCUUGAAAUCUUCCCUUUUCUAAGAGAAUAUGGAAAUAUAUCAUACGAUCUACAUCAUGAAGAAAGUGAGGAAACAGAAGAGACGCCAGUUCCGGAACCUCCAAAAAUUGCUCCUAUGUUUCGAAAGAAGACUAGAGUAGUUAUUACACAGAGUCCUGGAAAAUAUGUCCUUCCACCUCCAAAAUUAAACAUAGACAUGCCAGAUUAAGUUGAAAUUCAGGAAUCGGAUGAACGGUGUGUGGCAUAAAAGAUACACAAGACAAAUGUCUUCUACGUUACUUUACCUACAUUCUAAACUGGAAUUGGAAAUAAGAGUCAAAUCUUUUCAUCUCAUGCUUUAAAUAAAUAUCACAGCCACUAGUAAACCAUCAGUAUAUAAUAUAUAGAUAUUGACAGUUAUUUUAAUAUAUGUCUGUGUGCGAGUCUGACACUUAAAAAGUUUCUAUCAGCAAGUAAAUGGAUUUUCUUAAAAGAGUGAACAAUGGGGUACCCGCCUAGUUGUUUUUUUUUUUUUUUUUUUUUUAAUGCUGCCAUACCUUUCAAAAGUAGUCCUAGUCUCAGUGGUGAAACGUAAUCUACAACCAGCAUAAAUAUUUCUCUAUUCCACUACUUGUUUCAAAGCGUCAUAUGCAUUAUUUUUAGUGUUAAGAUUUUCUUUGGGCAUGCUCUUAGCGAUCUUUAAUGGUCUAACUGGUGAAACCUUUCUAAUGGAGUGACUCCAUGCCUGUAUAGUAUUUAUAUGAACGUUUUAGCAAUGUGUAAUAUAUUCUGUUAAAAUUCUAGUCUGUAUAUAUAAUUAUAUUGUGUUAAAAUAUUUUUAAAAGCCUAUAUAUGAAGAUAUAUGUUCUAUUAUGAAAGAAAUCCUUUCAAGUCUUUUAAAAAUAUUAAUGUGUGUCUGUCGGGUAUGGGAACUUAUUAAAAAGGUAGUUGACAUGACCACAGAAACUGAAAAACGUGUUGAUUUGAAAUUCAGGUGGUUUUAUAUAUAUAUAUAUAUAUAUAUAUAUAUAUUUAGGACUAUACUAAUCGGUCAGUGGAGACAAUUUCAAAGCUUGUUACAUCACAUUCUCAGAUUCGGUACUAAUUCCAUUUGGAAACAGACAGUCAUAGCUUUUACUUGCCUAUGACCUUCCUGUCGUCUUGAUGCGAUACCAGACUGUACAGACCGCAAUUUACCCUUGUCAUCCCCACCCGUGUGACAGAUUUGCCCUUAGGACACUGAAAAUUAGAAAGAAAUGGCACAUCCAUUUCCAGAAGGCUUGAAAUCACAGUUUACCGAUAAAAGAAAGCAUUAAUUGUCAUUGGAAUACAGAGAGGUGACCAAGGUGGGAGUUGCGAAGAUUAAACAUACAUAGAUCAGGAUUGUGUUGUAAGGUCCGAAAUGACUUCAUGGCGAUAGGGAAUGCUACACCGGUUCAGCUGCUUUGGACAAACGAAUUGAAAAGUAAUUUAUUAGUAUUAUCCCAGUGUGGAGAAGAAAUCAGAUUCCUCCACCAUAACAACCUUGUGACUGACUACAUAUGAAAUAAUUUUUCCUCAGGAUAGAUCCGAAGGCGUUUGUUUGAUUUGACAAUAUAGGCGACUUUUUUUAUUUGUCUGAAUUCUGUGUAAUAUAAAUUAUGUAAAUAACUAAAACCUUUGCACUGGCCUAGGGACAGCUAUGUUCUGUUGGGAGCUUGGGGGGGGGGGGGCGGGAAUGUAGUUUUUCCAG